UUCUGCUUUCGUGACAUGUUUCGGUUGGCACGUCUCUUGUGUGUAACAUACGUGAGUCGUAACUGGUCUUCGCACGAGGAGUACAGAGUUGAAUCUUGCGAAUUUGAACGCGGUUUCCUUAAAUUAAAAAUGAAGCCGAAACCAGAACUGACAACUGUGUCAACGUGGGUUAAAUUGCAACAAUAUUUCGACGCAAAUGGAUCGACAAUCAAAAUAUACGAUCUUUUUCAACAAGAUCCUAAACGUUUCGAAAAGUUCAGUCUAGAAAUUCCAACUCCUAACGAUGGUCCAAUUUUACUUGAUUACUCCAAAAAUCGUCUCACUGAAGAAGCAUUUAAGUUACUACUGGACCUUGCACGCGAACGAGAGAUAGAAGAUGCAAGAGAUGCUAUGUUCAAAGGAGAAAAGAUUAAUUUCACUGAAAACAGAGCAGUUCUACACAUUGCUUUGCGUAACAGAUCUAACAGACCUAUAAUGGUUGAUAAUAAAGAUGUGAUGCCAGAUGUGAAUGCUGUAUUGGAACACAUGAAAGAAUUUACUAAUGAAGUCCUCUCAAAAAAAUGGAAAGGUUUCACUGGCAAAUCAAUUGAAGAUGUUGUUAAUAUUGGAAUAGGUGGUUCAGAUUUGGGUCCAUUGAUGGUGACAGAAGCAUUGAAAGCAUAUCAUAUUGGGCCUAGAGUUCAUUUUGUUAGUAACAUAGAUGGAACUCAUAUAGCUGAAACUCUAAAAAAAUUGAAUCCGGAAACUACUCUCUUCAUAAUUGCAUCAAAAACAUUCACUACUCAGGAAACAAUUACAAACGCUACCUCUGCUAAAUUAUGGCUUUUGGAUGCUUUGAAAAAUGAUGCGGCAGUUGCAUGUCAUUUCGUAGCAUUAUCUACUAAUAAUCAGAAAGUCAAAGAAUUUGGUAUCGACGAAAAAAAUAUGUUUGGAUUUUGGGAUUGGGUUGGAGGACGUUAUUCUUUAUGGUCGGCUAUUGGUUUAUCGAUCAGCUUGUCCAUCGGCUUUGAAAAUUUCGAAAAACUAUUAAGUGGAGCACACUUCAUGGAUCAACAUUUCUGUUCUGCUCCAUUAGAAAAAAAUGCACCAGUUAUAUUAGCUUUACUCGGUGUAUGGUAUCACAAUUUCUAUAAAGCUGAAACGCACGCAUUAUUGCCAUAUGAUCAGUAUUUGCAUAGGUUUGCUGCAUAUUUCCAACAGGGUGACAUGGAGAGUAAUGGGAAAUACGUUACUCGCGCAGGAAAAACUGUAACUUAUAAUACAGGUCCGAUCGUAUGGGGAGAACCCGGUACCAACGGACAACAUGCAUUUUAUCAGUUACUACAUCAAGGUACUAGACUCGUACCUGGUGAUUUUAUAAUUCCAGUACAAUCGCACAAUCAGGUCCAAGGAACUCUUCAUCACAAAAUAUUACUUGCCAACUUCUUUGCACAAACUGAAGCUUUAAUGAAGGGUAAAAAUGAGGAUGAAGCACGAGCUGAAUUACAGAAGGCAGGAAUGAGUCCCGAGCAAGUGAAUCUAUUAUUGCCGCACAAGAUGUUCCAAGGAAACAGACCUACCAAUAGUAUUCUCGUGAAGAAAGUAACACCUUUUACUCUUGGAGCUUUAAUUGCGAUGUACGAGCAUAAGAUUUUCGUACAAGGCAUUAUGUGGGAUAUCAAUUCGUUUGAUCAAUGGGGCGUUGAAUUGGGAAAACAGUUGGCGAAAGUAAUCGAACCUGAAUUGGAAACCGGUGCAGCAAUUACAAGCCACGACUCAUCAACAAAUGGAUUGAUUGCAUUUGUCAAAAGCAACAGAUCUUGAAUCAUAUGAAAUUAUAUGAGAGAACAAUUUAGUAAUUAAGAAUUCUAUUUAAGGUUACGUUAAUGUGCGGAUUAUUAGAAUGUACAUGUAGAUGAUCGCAAAUAUCUAAAAAAAAAAACGUAAUUUCAGAUGAAAACGAUGUUCUUGGCGUUAAAUUUUACUGAUUUUAAUGAUUUAUAUAUCGCAAUUAUAAGUUGUUACAUAGUAUAUAAUAUAUACAACAAUUGUUGAGUGGAAUAAUAUUGUUUUGCUUUUAUGCUACUUAUUAUUAUAUUGUUUUUAUAAAUAUUUAAUAAAUAAUAUAUGCACAACGUU